AUGCGACGUGUACUAAUGACAGGUAUAUUCAGUGAUCAAAGGGGCCACGGGGGUCCCCCACCCCAGCAAAUGCCAUCUAGGAUGCCGGCCGGGCAAAGAGGCCCAGGUCCAACCUGGAAUCUUCAGCCGAGAAGGAGCCCGAAUGACAACUACACAUUCGGUAACCUUGUCGCCGUUUCACCCCAAGAUAUCCCACCUACCCGCGAUGGGACCGACAUUCUCCUCCUAAUCAACGAUCUCUUCGUCUUCUCUGCUCGGCCUUUUGAUGGACCCAGUGAUGGUUGUCCUCCCGGAUGUAUCGGAAUUUCGGAUGCUCAGCGAACAUGGGCCAACAUCGGAAUCAGAGAUACGAUCAAGGUACAGCUCUAUGAUCCCUUUAGCAAGGGUGGGCAGGCGUACCUCGGAUCUGCGGAUAUUGAAGUCAGCUUUGCAUCUUCUAUGCCGAAGAAGCGCCCGGAGACUCCAUAUGAUCAGGAUGAAUUAGCGCAAGCUGUGAUUAAAAACUUCGAGAACCAACUGUUCUCGCCCGGCCAGAGAAUUCUUAUGGACAACAAGAGUAUUCCACUAUUGUUGCAGGUCAAGACUGUCCAGCGGGUUGACUUGACCUCCGAAAAGGGAUCUGGUGAAGUUGAGACCAUCCCAACGGCUAGGGGCAUUGUCACACGGCACACCCAAUUCAACUUUUACAAGGAUUCCAAAACUGGCAUUAACGUAAAGGCGUCUAGUCGUCGCCCCGCGGCCAACUCUAUCAUUCAGCCUGGCUUCAAAUUCGAGGAUAUGGGUAUUGGUGGUCUGGACUCCGAAUUCAGCACGAUAUUCCGUCGCGCUUUCGCAUCCCGAAUCUUCCCUCCUGGACUUGUUGAAAAGCUGGGUAUCCAGCACGUCAAAGGUCUCUUGCUUUACGGUCCCCCUGGAACUGGUAAAACAUUGAUCGCCCGGCAAAUUGGAAAGAUGCUCAAUGCCAGAGAGCCUAAGAUCAUCAACGGUCCAGAGGUCCUCAACAAAUAUGUUGGUGCAUCCGAAGAGAACAUUCGGAAGAUGUUCGCAGAUGCCGAGCAAGAGUACAAACAGAAGGGUGAUGAGAGUGGUCUCCACAUCAUUAUCUUCGACGAGCUUGACGCAGUGUGCAAGCAGCGUGGCAGUGGAGCCGGCGGGGGUACCGGUGUUGGUGACAGCGUGGUCAACCAGCUUCUCUCAAAGCUUGAUGGUGUUGACCAGUUGAACAACAUUCUGCUCAUUGGAAUGACGAACCGAAUGGACAUGAUUGAUGAAGCUUUGCUGCGUCCCGGUCGUUUGGAAGUGCACAUGGAAAUCUCACUUCCUGAUGAGUACGGCCGAAGCCAGAUUCUCAACAUCCAUACCGAAAAGAUGCGAAACAACAACGUCAUGGCUGGAGAUGUUGACCUGGCUGAACUUGCUCACUUGACUAAGAACUUUUCAGGAGCCGAGAUUGCAGGUCUAGUCAAGUCUGCCUCGUCGUUUGCAUUCUCGCGCCAUGUCAAGGUGGGGACUAUGGCUAGUAUUGAUGACGAUGUCGUGAACAUGAAGGUUCAACGGGAAGACUUCCUCAAAUCUCUUGAUGAGGUCAAGCCUGCCUUCGGUGUCUCUGAAGAGGAGCUUUCCAGCCGUAUUGCUUACGGCAUCAUUCACUACUCUCAAACAAUUAGCGAGAUUCUGCGGGAAGGUGAACUGUUCGUCAAGCAAGUUGGAAAGGCUGAAUCGACUCCACUGUUCUCUGUGCUGUUCCACGGUCCUCCGAGCAGCGGAAAGACCGCCCUGGCGGCGCGAAUUGCCAUUGACUCUGGCUUCCCCUUCAUCAAGCUGAUCAGUCCUGAAGACAUGGUUGGCUUCAACGAGGCUGCCAAGAUCGCGCACAUUAGCCGAAUCUUUGACAGUGCGUAUAAGAGUACCACUAGUAUCGUCGUGAUCGAUAACAUCGAACGAAUCAUCGAUUGGGUGCCCAUCGGUCCUCGCUUCAGCAACAGCGUGCUACAAACCCUCAUGGUUUUCCUGAGGAAACAACCUACGCAUGGACGCCGCCUGUUGGUUCUUGCUACUACCACUGAACGUGCGUUGAUGAAGCAACUAGACAUCUACAACUCUUUCAAUUCGGAUAUCAUGGUUCCGAACGUCAGCUCGUUUGGCGAGCUUCGCCAUGUCAUGGAACAGUCAGGCGACUUUGAUGCCCAAGAAAUUGCGCAAGCACUCGAGUCUGUCGGUGGUCUCGCGGACGACGGACGAUUGAGUGUGGGUAUCAAAAAGAUCCUCCUGGGUAUUGAGACCGCCAAGCAAGAUUCCGACAAGGUUGGUCGCUUUGUGCGCGUCAUCAACCGUGCGAUUGAGGAGGAACAGAGCUUCCAGUAA